AUGGAUGCCAUCAUGAAUGGGAAUUGGAAUUGGAAAGAUGGUCUCACGGAUUGGAAAUCUAUGGGUUCUAUGUAUGCAACAGUGACAUUACUGAGAGGUGUUGUUCGAGAUUUAGUACCUCCUGAAGUAUAUCAAGUUGCAAAACGUUCAUGCUCUUACUUUUUCUCUAAAGUUCAGCCCAAGUUCCUUACUGUACCUUUCGAAAAUCAAGAAUGCAAAAAAACACACUUACACUACGGUUCCAAAACCAGUAAGGAGAAACUCGAUCCGGCUUUGCUGAGGCCAGGUCGAAUGGACAAACAUAUUUUGCUUUCUUAUUGUAGCAUGGAAUCGUUUAGGGUUUUAGCAAAGAAUUAUUUGAAACUUGAAGAACAUGAGUUGAUGAAAAAUGUUGAAGAACUGUUGGGGUUACUUGAGAUUCCACCAGCUGAUGUUGCCGAGUGUUUGAUGAGUUAUGAUGAAGAUCCAGAUAUGGGUAUGCGAAAUGUGGUGGAACAGCUGAAGAAGAGAUUGCAAUCGGAGAACAACGAAAACAAAGAAAAAAAUACCAAGAAGAGAUCACCAUCAGAUAUCAAAGAAAAACAAAAGGCCAAGAAGAAAAAAGAAAGGAAGAAUAAAAGAGAAGAGUCAGAUGACUCAGAUGAGUUUGAUAUCUCAGAGAGGUCAGAUGAGUCGGAUUAUACUGAUGAUUCUGAGAGCUCAAAUGAAUCGGAUUAUUCUGAUGAGUCUGAUCAAUCGAGUAGCUCAGAUGACUCGGAUAACUCUGACGACUCAACUGGCUCAGAUGAUUCAGAUGGUUAUGAAACAGCUGAAUCAGAUGAUGAAUCUAGUGAAUUACUAUAUUUUACCGAUGGAACGAUGAUGGGGAUGAAUAUGUUGAUGAUAUGA